UUAAGCGCGGGAAGAAACAAGAUGUCUUCAUUCUGAGCCAUAUCUCGCCAGGUAUCUUUUUCUGCUGUAUAUUAACUAUAUUGUCCAGUAUGUCAUCCAUUGAGAAAUUAAAGAUUCAAGGCAUUAGGAGCUACUCCCAGAAUGAACCUGCUGCUAUAGAAUUCUUUAAACCYUUAACAUUGAUUGUUGGUUCCAAUGGAGCAGGAAAGACUUCCAUCAUUGAAUGCCUGAAAUAUGUGACAACAGGUGAUUUGCCGCCAGGAAGCAAGAACUCCUACUUUGUCCAUGAUCCAAAGGUUGCAGGGGAGCAAGAGAUUAAAGGGCAAGUAAAGCUGAUGUUUAAAGACAUCACUGGUAAAACUGUUGUAGUUACAAGAGCUUUGAUAUCUCAACAAAAGGGUAAAAAACUUGAAACCAGAAGUCUAGAGAGUGUCAUCAAAAAAGAUAUACAUGGAGAGAGACGAAGCUUGAGUUCCAAAUGUGCUGAAGUGAAUCAUGAAAUGAUUUCUAUGCUUGGAGUCUCUAAAGCUGUGCUGGAGAAUGUUAUAUUCUGUCACCAAGAAGAUUCUAAUUGGCCUCUUAGUGAAGGAAAAGCCUUGAAGCAAAAGUUUGAUGAAAUCUUUGCUGCAACAAGAUACAUUAAAGCCCUUGAAGCCAUACGCAAGCUGAGACUUGAACAAGGUAGAAYUGUAACCAAGUGUGAAACAGAACUAAAAUACCUGAAGGAAAACAAAGAUAAGGCACAAGAGAUUGCUGAGCAGUUGGAAAAAUCUCAAGGGAAAAUAGAAGCCACUAGAGAUUCUAUURUUAAGAUAUCAAGAAACUUAGAGCCGGUGGAGAUAAGAUUGACAGAGAUUGAACAAAUUGCAGUGGAAGUUAGUCAGCUGCAAAAAGAAAAAGAGCUGUUGAUGGCAAAGAAGGAACAGUUGGCAGAUAUGGAGCAAGAUCUUUUACAAAACAUUACAGAUGUCUUUACAGGUUCUACAGAAGAGCUACAAGGGAUUUACCAGGAUUUUCAGAACAAAAUCAAAGAAAAGAAUGAGCUUCUAAAACAGAAAGAGAAUGAGCAUCAACAUCUUGUUGCUAAGCAGCAAGAGUUAUCCAAUCAAAAGAGUUCCAUAUUGCAAGAGCAGGGAAAACUGGAGCAACAAGCACAAAGACACCAAACUAACCUAGGGGACAGAGAUCRCAUGGUUUCGACACUUGCAAAUUAUUAUGAAAUUCAAGGUUACAGCAAGACACCUUUUACAGAAGCACAAGUGGACAGAUUUAUUGAAGAUMUUAAAAAGAAUUAUGCAAAUAUUGUGGAAGAAACUAAACAACAAAAGGAGUUGUUUAAGAACAAGAUAGAAGUGGUCCAGAAAAAGAUUGAUGACAUCAAGAGAAGUCAAGCUGAGUAUGGUGAGACAAUCAGGUUGAAGAAAAMGUUGAUGGGAGACAAUCAAAGAGAACUGAAAGCCAUUGGUCAGGAACUUAGUAAUGUGAAUGCAUCUGCCAACAGACUGAAAUCACUUGAUGCUGAAUUGCAGCRUGCGAUGAAAGAACUUGAAGAAGCUAAUGAGCUUGGAAAUGUUGAUGAAAUGAAUGCAGAAAUAGAAAAACUUCAGAAUGACAAGCGUCAAGUUGAUGGAGAACUGAGCAGGUUGAGAGAAGAGCAACAGACCAUGCAUUUCCACUCUACCACAAAAACAAAACUGGACAUGCUCAUUAAAGAAAAGAUUGAAAAAGAAGAUAAUAUACAAAAACUAAUGAACAAGCAUGAUGAAGACAUCAAAACUAUAAUUGGUGGUACAGGAACGAGUGAAAGUCUUAGUGACAAGCUGGGUCAGUACCUACGAAACAAGGGCAAGGAGCUACAAGACACCAGAAACAGAAUGCAAAGAAUAAAACAAGCUCAGUCUGCUAAAGAAGCCAACAAAAAGAACAUUGAAGACCAGCUGAAAAGAAAGGUUGACCAAGCUGCAACAUAUAAACAACAGCUGAAGGAUGCUUGUGGGGAAAAUGACUACAACACGAUGAAAGAACAGCUGAGUGAACAGAUAUCGUWUUUGAGAAACGAAAAGGGUCUGUUUUCUUCAAUCGAGAAAAUCUACAAGAAGUACAUCAAAAAGCUUCAAGAAGAAAGUGUGAAAGAAGAAGGAUGUCCUCUAUGUCAUCGCUGCUUUGACUCCAGUAAACAGAUCAAAAGUCUCAUAGCUGAGCUUAAUGAGAAAGUGGUACAUCUUCCUGCCAAAAGAGAGGAGAAUGACAUCCUUUUGGAUCAAGAAGAAAGACGCUACGAAAAGAUCUUAAAACUGGGCCCAAUUAAAGAAAAUCUUGAAAAGAUCGAGACAUCAGAAAUACAAGAAGCCAAGUCGAGACUUGCUGACAUCUCCAAAGACUUGGAGAAAAUGGAAGCACAGAUCAUGGAACUGGAGGAUGUCUACAGCUUGACUGAGAGUGAGGAAAUGACUGCAAGACAAAUGGAACCUGAUCUACGUGAAGUAGAAAACUAUAAAAGAAGCUUGAAAGAUCUUGACAAGAACAUCUCUCUCUAUCAAUCMCAGCUGCAAGGGAUAGCUCCUGGCCGCACCAUGCAAGCAGUAACAAAUGAAAUCACGGACAGACAGGAUCGAUCAGAGACCCUAGACCGUCAUAUUGACCGCCGCAGACGCGCACUAACCCAGCUUCAAAGACAGCUUACCACACUUACGUCCAACGUUCACGAUCUCAAGUCAAAAAAGCUAAAACUAAAUGAACAACUGCAGCGACGAACUCACCUGGAAGAACAAAAGGCAGAAUUGACCKCCAAGAACGACGCGUUCGCACGAGAAAUUAAGGAUGCAGAGGCCCAGUCACAACCCAUUCAGGUGAUGCUUGACGAGGAAGAGAGGAAGAAACACAAUAUUGUUGUGGCUAAAGAAGCGAUGGAGGAAGAGAAGCGCAUACUGCUGACUGAUAUGAAGAAUAAUGGAGAAAGACUAAGUGAAAAGAUAUCAGAGAUAAAAAGAUACACAAGUCAAGGAGGUGAAUCAGCCUUGCAGGACAACCAGGAAAGACUCAAGGCUGUUGAAGACAGAGAAAAACAGAUCCACCGAAAGAAACUGGGAAUAACCGAGAUUAUCGACUCGUUCAAGGAAGACAUCUCUAAACAGGAAAUAAAAUCGCGCGACAUAGAAGACAAUUUGAAACUCAAAAGCACUCAGAAGGAUAUUCAAAACAURGAAAAUAAGAUCGAAAGUGUGGAAGGAAAGCUUGAUCAAUAURGUGAUCCACGAAGUCUGAACAGCGAAAGAUCGAGACUACAUCGACAACUAGAUGACUUGCACAAAGAGAAAUCUCAUCUUGAAGGAAGACAAAAAGGCUUCGAGGAUGAGAUACGAAGAUACCAGACUGAAUUACGAAGCAACAUGUAUAACAACGCGGAAGAAAAACACAGACAGAAGAUCAUUGAAAUGAAGACUACUCAAAUGGCUAGCGUGGAUCUGGACAAAUAUUACAAGGCUCUUGACAGAGCGAUAAUGAAGUAUCAUAGCUUGAAAAUGGCUGAGAUCAAUAAGAUUAUUAAGGAAUAUUGGAUCAACACCUACAAGGGUGGUGAUAUUGAYACUAUUGAGAUUCGUUCAGAUGAAGAAGAAGGUAGCGGUGCAUCUAAAGCAAGGCGAACAUACAACUAUAGGGUCGUGAUGAUCAAAGGAGACAUCGCAUUGGACAUGAGGGGACGAUGCAGUGCAGGACAAAAGGUGCUUGCAUCCCUGAUCAUCAGACUAGCAUUAGCAGAGACAUUCUGCUUGAACUGUGGUAUAUUUACCUUAGACGAGCCAACCACCAACCUUGAUGAGAGUAACGUCUACAGUCUUGCUGAUCAGCUUGCUACCGUGAUACGCACUCGACAGKCUCAGCGUAAUUUCCAGCUGGUCGUCAUCACUCAUGACGAGGAAUUCGUCGACACUCUUGGCCGAGCAGAUUUUGUUGACUAUUACUACAAAAUCUACAAAAAUGACAGCGGGUUUUCUAAGAUCGCUAAGCAGAGUGUGGCAUCCUUACAGAGAGAGGCGUCUUACGUUGAAUGAAUCGGUAUUUCAUGGAUACAAAUAGAUGUACAUUAAGUGGCCAUCUUGGUCAAAUUAUCACUGUCACGUGGCUAUCAMGUUAAACACACAUGCUGUCCUACCCGACAGUUCUUAACUUGUUAUUGUUUUCUAGGAUAUUUCUCGUUUCUGAUUGGUUGCGUAUUUGUUAAGUCAGAUAAACACCAAGUUGUAGUUUUUAGAACUAAUGUCAUAAACAGAGCACGAACCUAUUUUUCUAGUUUUAACGAAGCUUUGAAAUAGAGAAUAGUGUUGCAAGAUGUCGUUGAUUCUUGGUUGUUGACUUAUUAUACCAGUCAGUAUGGCUGGGUUGUACUGUUGUCGUUAUAUCCAGGAUAAGUAGCGCUAAAUACACACCUACCUCAUGAUCAGUCGCGAAAAUAACUUGUGCAGUUUUGUUAGCUUUAAUAAAAUAAAUUACUGGUCGUCAGUUCAAACUGAAAUCCUUGUCAUCUUAUUGUUACAUCUUUGGAAUAAACGCUUUCUUGGUUGAACGUAAA